AUAGCCUUAUUGGCGAGUCCUCCAGGAUAUAACUGCAUAUCUUUGUCAAUUCUGCCUUGAAAGUUUUCAUCAGUCUCCUCAACAUGAGCCCUCGUAUCUUCUCCUGCGUUAUUUGCGGAUACGUAAUCUGUGACUAUGAAGAACCAGUAUCUUGGUUGAAACAAUUUCGUAUUCUCUACUCCAGUCAAGAGUGCACCGCGGUCACAGGAGUUGGCCUUUACGAUGACCCUGAUGGUGGUGAUUUCGUAGCCCCCUUAGACUUCACCGCUCGCUGGGACGACGCCGGAUACGACUUCCCCAAUCUUGACCAAAUUGGAGUGAUACGACAACAACCAGAAAACGGUCGUUACGGCUUUCCCUUUCACGAAGCCUGCUGGUCACUUCUAGAGAAGGCCCAUUCCCCCGAGGGGAUCCCUUGUAGGGCUUUCUUUGACAUUUGCAGGUCGUUACCAUUUCCAUCGGAAGGGACGGGCAUCAGCUGGGGUCACGAUUUCGAGGGAUUAGUCCUCGUGGAUAAUCAAAACCGUUACCCUUGGGAGGACCGCUUCGUGAACCGAGACUAUCAUUGGGCAUUAUCCCUAGGUGCAAAAAAUGAUCCCUACCAUGUCCCGGAGAUCCAGCAACUCCCCUGUCAAGAUUUCCAAGCUCCGUCGGCUAUAAACUCCUCUGGACCGGUAACAAUGAUGGACGAUUAUUUUACUGCGCUUCCUGAAGAGAUUCGUAUGGCGAUUGCAUCUAACCUGCCAACAAUGGAUGCGCUGAACACCCGUCAAGCUUCGAGAUCGUUUCUGUCGAUCUUUUACAGCCAACAGUUUUGGGCCUCCAGAUUCAAAGCCAAUGCUGACCGUUCUUGGCUUUUCGAGUCACAGGAGUGGAGCAAUGCACUUGACUGGAGAAGGCUGUAUCGUCUUACGAACAAGGGUCACCGCACUCAAGGGAUGCAAAAUCGAGAAAGGGUUCGGAAAUUGCUUCAAUGCGUCCGGAGAACACUACAUUUGCGAUGGGUUGAACCACCUGAACUCCCUUCCCCUAGUCCUAAUACAGUCACUUUAAGGUGGCUAGAGGUGACUGGCGAUUUACGGCCCGAGCUACACACCGGGCCGUAUCACGGCUUUGAGGAAGGCUGCCGCCUAUUCCGCGAGCAACAUAUAUCCUUUCCUAGUUCACUUUCUCACAUUGCAUUCUCCGUCAUUCAGCUUGGAGAUGCUGAAUACAUUGCCGGAAUGAGGCUAGUCCCCAGUCAAGGAGAAAGCAUACAGCUGGGAUACAGGACAGAAGGAAAAGAGAUCUUUCUGAAUAUUACAUUCCUAGCUGGAUUCAACUUGGCCAUAGGAUCGAGAGGUAUACAAGGCAUAGAAUGCAUUGCCGACAAUAGGCAAACGUCACAAUGGUUUGGAUGUCCGCUCGGGGCACCGAAAACGACGCGUCUCGCGGUUUCUGACCCUAUAACAGCCAUCAAAGCUGGCUUCGACGUAAGCAGACCAAAGCUAAGUUUUUAUGGCUUCCUCGUCAUAUUGCUGUGAGCGCUACUGAUAUGGUCUUAUAGGGAUGUAAGAUGGUUAGCUUGGCGGUUGCAGAGUCCGUCUCACGUACUGCCGAGAAGACGAUCGAAGAGAGCAAAUCACUACGAGAUUCCGCUUUUUGGUAUCCUAAAAUCCCCGGAAUUGGUUUUCACCUGAACGAUAAUUGUUUCGCAGCACGAGACUCUUCUACCGCCGGGUAUCAACCGCUAUGCUGGACUACGUUUGGAGGACCCGGAGGUAUAUAUCUCCGCUAUUUGACUGGGAUUUCUGUCACCCGUUAGGGUGCACUGUGUGGCAUCGAGUUCCACUAUAAUACUGAGGACAUCCCAAUCGAAUGCCGCAAGCUGGGGCGAUACAAAUCCUCCGAAUACGCCAAGGUCAUACACUUUUCCAUUGAUGGUCCUGGUGGAGAAGUCAUCGAUGCCGUUGAGAUAUAUCUCAGUUAUUACGAUAGCGAAUCUGUGUUUUGGUUCUGCAAAGACGGGGUAUUGAAAUCACUCAAGGUUUCUACAAAUCGUGGGAGAUCUUGCCACUUCGGACAGAAAGAGUCAUCUAUGAAAGGUGGCUUUGUAAAAGAGCCCAUGAUAGUUACUCCAGGGACCACCAUCAACGGGUUUUAUUGGAGUCAGCAUGAAAACAGCCUCACAGCAAUAGGGGUAAUCUCGGAAGUGAUUGGAGAAGAGCAUAGAGGGAACAUCGCUAGCCAACCAGGCAGCCAAGGUACCGAGCAAUCAACGGCAGAGGUAAUCACUACCAAUCAAGUAUAACUAUGCACUACCUGACUUAAACGGGGUUACGGGGCUCCCAAUUAUUACCGACAAGCAUGUAGUAUUGGGUGUAUACAGAAUUCGAGACCUUCAAGCCUGGUAGAACUAUGCUGCACCUGAUUUAAUGCCACUGAGUUCCGUUGGUUGGGGUGGU